AUGACAAUCUCGAACUUAUUGAAGGAAAGAGUGAGGUACCUUCCUUACUUGAAGAAAGUAAAACAACCACAUGAACUGAUCCCAUUGUUCAAGAACGGUCAGUACUUGGGUUGGUCCGGUUUCACCGGGGUCGGGACCCCUAAGGCUGUCCCAGAUGCUCUCAUUGAACACGUCGAGAAAAACAACUUACAGGGCAAACUGAAAUUUAACCUAUUCGUCGGUGCCUCUGCGGGACCGGAGGAGAAUAAGUGGGCUGAACAUGAUAUGAUUAUCAAGAGAGCUCCUCAUCAAGUCGGUAAACCAAUCGCUAAGGCAAUCAACUCAGGUCAAAUUAAAUUCUUCGACAAGCAUCUUUCCAUGUUUCCUCAAGAUCUAAUGUAUGGAUUCUACACAAGAGAACGUACAGACAAUAAAAUCCUGGAUUAUAUGAUCAUUGAAGCCACAGCAAUCAAGGAGGAUGGGUCCAUUGUGCCCGGGCCUUCAGUCGGUGGGUCCCCAGAGUUCAUGGCUGUGGCAGACAAGAUUAUCGUUGAAGUGAACACGGCUACUCCCUCUUUUGAAGGUAUUCAUGAUAUCGAUAUGCCUGUCAAUCCACCAUACAGACAACCAUACCCAUACGUUAAAGUGGACGAUAGAUGCGGUGUAGACUCCAUCCCACUGGAUCCUGAGAAGGUUAUUGCCAUUGUGGAAUCCACCACAAGGGAUAAAGUACCACCAAACACACCAUCCGAUGAAAUGUCCAAAGGUAUUGCUAACAAUUUGGUGGAAUUCUUCAGAAAUGAAGUCAAACAUGGUAGAUUACCUGAAAAUCUAUUACCAUUGCAAAGUGGUAUUGGUAACAUUGCUAAUGCUGUCAUUGAAGGUUUGACAGAUGCAAAUUUUAAGCAUUUGAACGUUUGGACAGAAGUGUUGCAAGAUUCAUUCCUAGAUUUGUUUGAAAAUGGAUCAUUGGAUUUCGCAACUGCUACAUCCAUUAGGUUGACAGAAAAUGGGUUCGAAAGAGCAUUUGCCAAUUGGGAUAGUUUCAAGAAUAAGAUUUGUUUAAGAUCUCAAGUGGUGUCCAAUAAUCCAGAAAUGAUCCGUAGAUUGGGUGUCAUUGCCAUGAAUACCCCAGUAGAAGUAGACAUCUACGCUCAUGCUAAUUCUACAAAUGUGAAUGGGUCUCGUAUGUUGAAUGGGUUAGGUGGUUCAGCAGACUUCUUAAGAAAUGCAAAAUUGUCCAUCAUGCAUGCCCCAUCUGCAAGACCUACUAAAGUGGACCCAACGGGUAUUUCAUCUAUUGUUCCAAUGGCAUCUCAUGUGGAUCAAACUGAACAUGAUUUGGAUAUUCUCGUCACUGAACAAGGUUUGGCCGAUUUGAGAGGUCUAUGUCCAAGAGAUAGAGCUCGUGAAAUUAUAAAACAAUGUGCUCAUCCUGAUUAUAAAUCAUUGUUAACUGAUUAUUUGGAAAGAUCAGAACAUUAUGCUGCCAAGCACGGUUGUCUACAUGAACCUCAUAUGUUAAAGAAUGCCUUUAAGUUCCAUACCAAUUUGGCUGAAAGGGGUACAAUGAAAGUGGACAAAUGGGAUGAAGUUGAUUGA